CGACAUGGUUAAGGACUAUAUUAAAAGUGCAAAGAAUGUUGAUAUUGCUGGGAAAAUUGGAGCAGAAGUUCUGCUACGUACGAAGGAGGUUGUAAAGAAACAUAUGUGGGAAGGCGGAGAUGCAUGUGCAUUCCAUGUUGCUUUGCUUUAUCCAAUUGUAGCGAGGGAACUUACUCGAUGGAACAAAAUAGCAACUAGGAGAAUGAAAUCAUCGACUCGAUCUUCUCAGCCCUGGCAAAUAUGCUUCUCUCGAGAUGUUCCAGUCGAGGAAUACAAAGUUCUAAAGCUCACUAUUUUAACAGGCAAAUACGGUGCGGUCUUUAAAAGUACAAGGAAUGUUGAAUACCUUCACUUGUCAAGUAGAGAGGCUUUAUGUUUAUGGAUUGGACAUGUAAUAAGUUGUGAAAACAGAGAAACACAGAAAGAACAGGAUUUGUUCAAAAAGUUAUUAAAGAAUGGAGCAUAUUGCGAGGUUAUUGUCAAUAAGGAACAACCAUUCGUCAUCAAAUAUUCAAGUUCAAUGGAAACCCUUAAGGUUGUCAUGUUUUAUGGAUGCUGGAAGGCUUUUGGUGUUCCUCAACAUAUUUUCUAG